AUCAUCUCCGUCCACCUUAAGAUGUUCUGGCAGCUCCACCUUAACACGGCGGGUGGGGGAGAACGGGCGGGGGGCGGUUCCCCCCCUCCCCAUCACCCGGUACCGGGGCUGCAGCGGCGACAGCGGCGCGGUCACUGGAGCAGGGAGCGCUGCGGAGCUUCCCCCACCCCGGCACCGCCCUCCCGCCGCCCCCUGCACCCCCGGGUACCAUCCUGCAUCCCUGGGUACCACCCUGCAUCCCGGAGAGCAUCCUGCAUCCCUGGGUACUAGCCUGCAUCCCCCAGAGAGCAUCCUGCAUCCCGCGUACCACUUGACCCUCCUGUUGUCAGCAGCACUCUCGGGCAUCACCCGCAUCCCCGGGUGACUCCCCGCACCCUCCCGGGUCCCAGAAGCACCCUUGGGCCCUCUCUCCGGGUCCCGUGUCCUCCCCCCUAAACUCUUGUCACUGCCCCCCGGUGCCGCCAUGGCCGAGCCCAGCACCGAGUGCAGCAUCAAGGUCCUGUGCCGGUUCCGGCCCCUCAGCCCCGCCGAGAUCCUUCGUGGGGACCGGUUCCUGCCCGUGUUCCAGGGCGAUGACAGCGUCGUGGUGGGGGGCAAAACCUACGUCUUCGACCGCGUGUUCCCCCCCAACACCACCCAGGAGCAGGUCUACCAUGCCUGCGCCAUGCAGAUCGUCAAGGACGUGCUGGCCGGGUACAACGGCACCAUCUUCGCCUAUGGGCAGACAUCCUCGGGCAAGACCCACACCAUGGAGGGGAAGCUGCACGACCCCCAGGGCAUGGGCAUCAUCCCCCGCAUCGCCCGCGACAUCUUCAACCACAUCUACGCCAUGGACGAGAACCUCGAGUUCCACAUCAAGGUUUCUUACUUUGAAAUUUAUCUGGACAAGAUCCGGGACCUGCUGGACAUGACCAAGACCAACCUCUCGGUGCACGAGGACAAGAACCGGGUUCCCUACGUCAAGGGCUGCACCGAGCGCUUCGUGUCCAGCCCCGAGGAGAUCCUGGACGUGAUCGACGAGGGCAAAUCCAACCGGCACGUGGCGGUCACCAACAUGAACGAGCACAGCUCCCGCAGCCACAGCAUCUUCCUCAUCAACAUCAAGCAGGAGAACAUGGAGACGGAGCAGAAGCUCAGCGGGAAGCUCUACCUGGUGGACCUGGCCGGGAGCGAGAAGGUCAGCAAGACCGGGGCCGAGGGAGCGGUGCUGGACGAGGCCAAGAACAUCAACAAAUCGCUCUCGGCGCUGGGCAACGUCAUCUCGGCACUGGCCGAGGGCACGAAGGUUUACGUGCCCUACCGGGACAGCAAAAUGACGCGGAUCCUGCAGGACUCGCUGGGCGGGAACUGCCGCACCACCAUGUUCAUCUGCUGCUCCCCCUCCAGCUACAACGACGCCGAGACCCGCUCCACGCUGCUCUUCGGGCAGAGGGCCAAGACCAUCAAGAACACAGCAUCAGUGAACCUGGAGCUCACGGCCGAGCAGUGGAAGAAGAAGUACGAGAAGGAGAAGGAGAAGAACAAGGCUCUGAAGGAGACCAUCGGGAAGCUGGAGGCUGAGCUGAGCCGCUGGCGGAGCGGAGAGGCCGUGCCCGAGACGGAGCAGUUGAAUGGGGCUGAGGCCGAGGUGGGGCCGGGCGAGGGGCCGGGGCCAGGACCCACCAGCGAGACCCCCCUGAACGACAACAGCUCCUCCAUCGUCAUCCACAUCUCGGAGGAGGAGCGGCACAAGUAUGAGGAGGAGAUCCGCAAGCUCUACAAGCAGCUGGAUGACAAGGAUGAUGAGAUCAACCAGCAAAGCCAGAUCAUGGAGAAGCUCAAGCAACAGAUGCUGGACCAGGAGGAGGUGCUGGCGGCAGCGCGGGGAGGGGGCGAGGCUGCGCGGCGGGAGCUGGCGGCGCUGCGGGCGGAGCACGGCGCGGCCCGGGCCGAGGUGACGGAGGUGCUGGCGGCGCUGGAGGAGCUGGCGCGGAGCUACGACCGCAAAGCGCAGGAGGCGGAGGACAGCGGCCGCCAGAACCGGCGGCUCAGCGACGAGCUGGCGCGCACCGAGGCGCUGUCGCUGUCGCUGCAGUCGGAGCUGCAGCGGGUGCUGGAUCUCGGGGCGCAGCAGCGCUCGCGGGCAGCCGAGGUGCUCAACGGGCUCCUGAGGGACCUCAGCGAGUUCAGCCUCAUCCUGGGCAAUGGCGAGAUCAAGCUGCCGGUGGAGGUGACAGGGGCCAUCGAGGAGGAGUUCGCCGUGGCCCGGCUCUAUGUCAGCAAGAUCAAGUCAGAGGUGAAGUCAAUGGUGAAGCGGUGCCGGCAGCUGGAGAACCUGCAGGUUGAAUGCCACCGCAAGAUGGAGGUGACCGGGCGUGAGCUCUCCUCCUGCCAGCUCCUUAUCUCCCAGCACGAGGCGAAGAUCCGCUCCCUGACCGAGUACACGCAGGCGGUGGAGCUCAAGAGGCGGAACCUGGAGGAGAGCAACGAUGCCCUCAGCGAGGAGCUGGCGCGGCUGCAGGCGCAGGACACAGCGCAGGGGGGAGCCCGCAAGCAGGAUGAGACCCAGGACAUGGACGAAAUCAAGGUGCAGCACUCGCAGCUCGGGCGCCUCCGGGACGAGCUCAACGAGCGGCAGAAAACCAUUGAUGAGCUGCGGGACCUGACGCAGCGCCUGGAGCUGGAGCUGCAGAAGCUGCGGGGGGAGCACGAGGAGCUGCGGCGCCAGGAGCAGGCCAAGGCUGCGCGGCUGCAGGAGCUCACGUGAGACCCCCCCGGAACCGCCCCCC